AUGUCAUCGGAACUUGAACCGCAUAUAUUAAAACGAUUUGAAAUUGAAAAACGAAUAGGCAAAGGUGCAUAUGGAAUAGUAUGGAAAGCAAUAAACCGUAAAACAAAAGAAGUUGUAGCAUUGAAAAAAAAUUUCGAUGCAUUUCGUAAUCAAACCGAUGCACAAAGAACAUUUCGUGAAAUUGCAUUUCUUCAAGCCUUUGGGAAUCAUCCAAAUGUCAUCGGUUUAUACAAUGUUAUUCGAGCUGAAUGUGAUAAAGACAUUUAUCUCGUCUUUGAAUAUAUGGAAACUGAUUUACACAAUGUUAUACGUAAAGGAAAUAUUCUCAAGGACAUACAUAAACAGUAUAUUAUGUAUCAGUUGUUCAAGGCUACUGCCUAUUUGCAUUCUGGUGAAGUGAUACAUCGAGAUUUAAAACCAUCGAAUGUACUACUGGAUUCUGAUUGUUCAGUGAAAUUAUGUGAUUUCGGUUUGGCACGUUCGUUAAAAGGUAGAAGUAAAUGUGAAAAUGGUAAUAAAGUGAACUGUAAAACUUUAUUACCAGCUUUAACUGAAUAUGUUGCAACACGUUGGUAUCGUGCACCUGAAAUUCUUCUCGCUUGUCAUGAUUAUACAAAAGGCGUAGAUAUAUGGAGUUUAGGAUGUAUCCUGGGUGAAAUGUUAACUGGUUCACCAUUAUUUCCUGGUACAUCUACACUAGAUCAAAUUGGACGUAUUAUGGCUGGAUUACCAAAAUUAAGCAGAGAAGGUGAUGUACUUUUAAUAUAA